UUCCAUAGCCGCCCGAGUUGCAUUGUCGGAAGCGCACGGGCUACAUACACCUCACUCAAAACGAGCUCCAUCGUAUUGCCAUCUUCCACCAGAUCGCCUUCCUGACAACAUCACCCCGUCUUUCAAGAUAUCGUAAAAGCGAACAGUACCGGCAGUGAUGGCGCCUCCUCAGUGUCUCUCAGGCGACAAGGCCGCAAUAGACGAGUUCCUGGACAGAUUCGACGUUUUCCUCUUCGACUGCGAUGGCGUCCUUUGGUCGGGCGAUCAUGUCUUUGACAAGGUCCCAGAGACACUCCAAAUGUUGAAGAGUAAAGGAAAACAAGUCGUUUUCGUCACCAACAAUAGCACAAAAUCCCGUGCCGACUACAAGAAGAAAUUUGACAAACUCGGCAUACCUGCUGAGGUGGACGAGGUUUUUGGUUCCUCGUAUAGCGCCGCCGUCUACAUUGCUCGCAUCCUCAAGCUACCCGCACCCAAGAACAAGGUGUUUGUGCUGGGCGAGUCUGGUGUGGAACAGGAGCUCGAGUCCGAGGGCGUCCCUUUUAUUGGUGGUACGGAUCCUGCUUAUCGCCGUGACAUUCGAAACCCAGAAGACUUUGAGGCCAUAUCCGAUGGCACCCUCCUCGACCCCGACGUUGGUAUUGUACUCAGUGGGCUAGACUUCCACUCCAACUAUCUGAAGACAGCAAUCGCCUUCCAGUACCUGCAGCGUGGAGCCGUCUACCUUGCGACAAACAUCGACAGCACACUGCCCAUGGCGCGCACCUUUUUCCCGGGCGCUGGCGCAUCUGGUGCGGCGCUUGAAAAGGCAAUCGGAAGGGCACCGCUGUCUCUAGGCAAGCCGAGUCAGGCUAUGAUGGAUGCGGUGGAGGGCAAGUUCAAGUUCGACCGCAGCAGAACCUGCAUGAUUGGAGACAGACUGAACACAGACAUCCAGUUUGGUAUAGACGGCAAGCUAGGAGGGACGCUGGCUGUUCUGACUGGUGUGAGUAAGAAGGAAGACUUCUUGGCCGAGGGUGCGCCGACGGUUCCCACGGCAUACGUUAACGCUUUGGGCGACUUGAUGGGUUGAAUGAUCUGCGCAGCCAACAAGCAUGCAUCUGAUAUCGAUAGACGGGCAUAGACGGCAGAAUACAUCAGAGAUAGAAGUGAUAGAAGAGUUGAGUCCAUGUAUACGG